UUGAAACAUCAGGUUGUACAUAUAAUUUAAGGAAAAUUAUGACUGAAACGAUUUAUCAAUAUCUUUGUCGGACCAAAAUACUUCAGUUUUAGUUUAUUUAAAUGAAUCACACAGUCUGAAUUGCAUUUAAACUAAUGCAUACAUAGAUAUUUUUUUCUGUGAGAGGUCAAUUAAUUUUGGAAUAGGCUGAAGAUGGUUUUAAAUAGCACUGAAGCAAGUGGAUUUGGUACCGUAGUUUAUUACACGGUAUCUGUUAUCACAGCUGUUGUGACGUUUAUCGGGAACACUAUAUUUCUGGUAGCACUUUUGAAGACUAAAACGCUGCAAGUGAAAACUAAUAUUCUGGUUGGUAACUUAGCUGUCGUUGAUAUAGUUAGCAGCUUUUUGGUCAUUCUAGUUACCGUUAUGUAUUACACCCAACCGUUCAUCGUCUCCAUGCAGCUAACAUUAAUAUGGCUGUGCAUAUUGAAUCUAUCCCCUUGUACCAUUCUUGCAAUUGCAGUUGACAGAUUCCUUGCAGUUGUGCAUUCACCAUUGACGUACAAGCGAUAUCCACAUCCAUGGAAGUAUGUAUUGGCGGUUAUUCUUAUGUGGUCUUUAACACUAGUCUUGGUGAUUGGGUCCAUUGUAGCUGCGCACUUAGGAAACAGUGCAUUUUUAAAUGCUAUUUUAAUUGUCACAACAGUUUUCAUUGUGGUUGGGGCUGUCAGCCUGUCUGCCGUUGCUUUUUUCUACAGAAAAAUUUUCAAAACUCUAAUGGCAGUUCAGUCACAAGUGAUAAAAAAACAUUCGCCAUUGUCUCUGUGUUUCACUGGUAGAAGAAACGAGAAUAGGAACUUAAAGCUUGUUAUCUCUUUCACAAUUCGCCUUGUCAUUACUUACCUGCUGUGGCUACCUUUUUUGAUUGGUAAAUCAGUGAAGUUAAUCCGUCACAAGGAUUUAUUCUUCAGUGGUAGUGAUGUUAGCGAAGGCAUUAUCUGUGACAUUGUUCCCUGUGAGGCAUCGAUCACCGCGAUUUGGUUGAUAGUUGAUGGCACGAUCAAUCCUUGGAUAUACUGGACAAGACAUCAAAAGUAUCGUAUUGCUAUGAAGUCAGCUUUGUGCUUUAGAAGUUCAGCCUCAAAUGUUGGUGACAUAUUAUCAAGUGACAAACUGUAGUUGAUUAAAUGACUAUUAUCUGUGACAUUGUUCUCUGAUUUGGUUGAUAGUUGAUGGCACAAAUCAAUCCUUGGAUAUACUGGACAAAACAUAAAAUGCAUUGUGUUGCCAUGAAGUCAGCUUUGUGCUUUAGAAAAACAGCCACAAAUGUUGCUGACAUAACAUCUUUAAUAACAUUAAUCAUGAAGGAAAUAUAAUUUCCUCCAUGCA